AUGGAGCCAGAAGCCUUAGAAAUUUGUCCUUACAAUCCUCAACACCACAUCCCACUCAGCAGGCUCCAGUACCACCUGGCGUCCUGCAGGAGGAAGAACCCCAAGAAAGCCAAAAAGAUGGCCAGCUUCAAAUAUAAUGCCUGCCAUGUGGUGCCCAUCAAAAAGCUGGAGGAACACGAGGCUGCCUGCAUCAACAGAAGCUCUGUGGAGGAAGAUGGCAGCUUGAGCCCUCUGGAAGUUAGCAUUCCAAGUUCAGAGCAGAACGACAACCCCCUGCAGGAUUCCCCCUGGCUUCCCAGCCCCGAUAUCUGGAACGUCGAUGCCUGUCACCCUAUAUUUGUCCUUAAGUCUUUUGUUCCCCAAAAGCUUGUCUGUGAAAGUGACACAAGAGUCAGAGAGAGGGAGACCAACCCCCAGAAGACCCUCAGACCAGGAGAGUAA